UGGAAACAUGGCUGUUGCUCGAGUUGGAUGCAGGUGAUCUCUACCGUAAAAGACUUAUUUGACGUUUCUAAGCAGGCGAUUCUUUUCAAGGUAAAUUCACUCUUGUAACAUACACUUUCUCAGCUCAAUUCCUGCAACUACUAGCGAGGAAACUGGUGUUUUUAGAGAAAAAUCGUGAAAACUUGUGGCUUUAUGCUUCCGUCAGCACUUCCUAUUUGUUUUCGUAGUUUUGAAUUGUAGCUCUGAGUUAUACUUGAUUCCUCUAUAUUUUUCAACGUUGAUUCACGGGUUAUCUCCCGUUUUAGUGAAUUCAAUCGGCCAAAUACCAGGGCUGAAAAAUCAUCGGAAAUUUCUCGAUUGUAAGCAAAUAGUUUAAGCCCGCCGGGCGAUCGUGAUACUCAAAGCAUUUGCUGAAUGCUAUAUGAUAUUUUAGUACUUUUGAUUUAAAAUAAGCUGUGAUUAAAUGCCCAGCAGCCGGGUACGGUCUCAAAUAAAUGAAAUGCCCUACAGUACGAAAUUUUUAUAGCUUUUCUUUGGAAAAGUUCUUUCAAACUUCUCAGGAAUACCUAUAAAAAUGUCAAGUGAUUCCAAACUUAAUUUGCUCGGUUGUGGACACGCUUCUGAUCAGACUGCCGAGCACGGUCUCGAAUGCUCGGUAGUUAGAAAUUUUCACCUUAAUGUCACUGAAAUGUUCCUUAAACUUCUAAAGAGUAUUAAAUCUUUGUUAACCCUUUACAUCCUAAAGUCAUUAUGCAUAUUCUCCACACUGUUCUUUAUACAUUUCCUAAGGUGCUGACAGGGAGAAUUUGUUUACCGAUCAAAAGCUUCUUUGUUGGGCAUCAUUUCCUUAAUUCUCAUGACCUUAAGAUGUAAUUCAAGGGUGAUAUUGUAAGGAGAAAUUAGAUGCUAAUCAUUCUUAGGGUUUAAAGGAUCAUGAAAUGCCAAGCAAUUCCAAAAAUUAAUUUGUUUUUUUUAGAAGAUAAAUUAAAUUUUCCAAACUUGUGAAGACUACAAUGUACUAUAAUAUUUAUAUGUAUAAGUAUGGUACAUGUAAGCUUGACCACUACUGAAAAACACAAAUUUUGAAUAUACUCAACUAGUUUGUAUGAAUUUUUCAGUGGGAUUUUGGUAAAAAUUUUUAACUGUGGGGCAUUAAGUCCAUUUGAGACUGUUCUGUGCAGUCUAAUCAAAGGCUUGCAAUUUUUAAGUCUUGACAAUCAGGCAACAUCAUGGUAUGCUCAACCGUGGGGAGUUUGUUGCCUGAAAAAACAGAUUAAUUUUGGAAUUGCUUGACAUUUUUAAACAAACAUCUGAUAAUCCCAAAGAAGACCAAAAGAACCUUCCGAUGGAAAGAUCUGCGAAAUUUUCUGACUACUAGGGCAGACUAUUAUAGACAGUGCACAGCUAUCAGGCAUUUAGUCACAGUGUUUGAAAUAACAACAGAUUUGUUACAGUUAAUUUUUUUGCAAUGUCAUUUGUAUGAAUAAGAAGUAUUUCCUCAUAGGAGACAUGUCUUCAUGGCUUCUGCCACUCCAUCAAUUCCUUCUACCAAAGAGACCUCUAAUUAUGCUCAGCUCUGUCGCCUUCUUGUCAAUGUUGGAUCAUGUGUGUUAAGGGAGAUCUUUGACAGGGUAUGUCCACCUGGAAACCUUCACACAGUUCUGGCUCAUCCUCAGAACCAAGCAAAAUUACAAACACUUUUGAAGAAGAGAGUCCUGUGUAUCUCUCAGUGGCGAAAACUUUAUCCUGUUGUCAAAUUCUCCGUGUCCUCAGGGAACUUUGACACCUCCCUACUGCUACUCCUGUUGAGGAAUAUCUUUGGCCUGCCUCUCCCUACUGGUAACUGGGAUAAACUUCCUCUGAUAACAGACACCUCUCCAGAGGCUGACAUCACCCGAAUCAAGGUCUUAAGAGAUAGAGUUUGCAGUCAUGCUACCACUGCUUCAGUUGAUGAUUCAACUUUCAGUUCUUACUGGAAUGACAUUAAAGACACCUUUCUGCAUAUUGGAGGGGCUCGCUAUCAGGAUUACAUUCAUGAAAUGACACUUGAUUGUGUGGAUGCUGAUCUCGAAGGAGACUACCAAGAGCUUCUGAGUAAGUGGUUGAAGGAUGAAGACUGCAUCACAGACAAAUCAAAUGAGGAAAAAAUUGUGAAAAAGCCCAGGAAGGAAGGAAAUAUGGAGGACUCCUUGGACAUUUCUGAACAAAAUUCAUGGGAGAGAGGUGUGUGUAAUUUUUUGUUUAACCUGAGCUUUAAACUAACUUUAAGGAGUUGAUAAUGUAAGUCAUACUGGAUCAAUCAAUGAAAUGAAUUUCCUGCAGAUUUUGUUUUAAAAGUCACAAUUAUGGGCAAUUAAAGUUGUGAAUUUUUAUUUUCUUGAAAUGUCAACAGCACCCAUACUUUGCUUUUUUUCUUCAUCUUUCUUAACUUUUGAUUUCCAUUUGGGUAAGCUAAUUAAUUGUCACAUACAAAUGACUGAAAAACCUACAACCUUCUUUUUCAGAGACAGUAGUAAUGCCAGCAAAAAAUGGAUCAGCACAGACUGGGAAUAGCAGCCAGCCAGAGCUUAGUGUGAAACUUCCAAAGUUGAGUGAUCUUCCAGCAAUCUUUACUCCGUGGGAAACUGUUGAACUGCCAGUGGAUUUUCUUUUAUUAACAGUAGAGGACUGUGAGUUCCUAAGCUGCUUUGCCUACCUGAAGGAACCCUUCAAGAGUUACCACAUCAGUACUGGUCCUGUGUACUUUGGGUGCAUGGGUAAUGAUCAAGGAAAGAAAAUGAAAAUUGCAUUGAAGAGGUGCUCCAAAGGUUCUGAUGUUCCUGGGGGUUCUUUGUCAGUUUCAAAAGAUGCCAUCUCGGUACUGGGACCCAAGGCUAUUUUAUCUGUUGGUGCCUGCAGCGGUUUGAACAGUGAAGAGGUCAAGUUAGGAGAUGUGGUUGUUUCAGCAAAGCUGAUAACAGCUGCACACAAAACUCCCCCCAGCAGAGAUAUUGGUAACCUGAUCAAACAUGUGGCUGAUGGGUGGAAGGCACCUUUACAGAAUGCUGAUGAAUAUGCUGCCAAAGUACACUGUGAUGGAGUGGUCCUGAGUAUCUCAGAGGCGAACAGAGAUAUGAUUAGGAAACAUCCUGAAGCAAUUGCAGUUGAAAUGGAAGGUGGAGGUGAGAAUCAUAAUAAUUCAAAUAAUUGAUGAGCCAAGCACUUUUGCACUUGUAGCAAAUGUUUUGAAAAACACUGCUCUGGUAUUGUCUCUGCUGGUCCAAGAAAUAGCAUAUACCAUAUAACAUGCCAAAUAUUCAGGAAUUAUAUAUUGUGUAUUAAUUUAUAGUGAUUUUAUGUUUGGCUGGGGUAGGAAGAUUUUUUUGCAGGUGAAGGUGCCUGAGACUUCUUCUGGAUAACUAAAUUAAAUGUGCUCCAUCAGGAUGUCAUGAAUUUUUUUAAAAUUUGUCAUCUGAAAAAUGUAUAAAGUAUGUUGUUUAAUAGUUUGAGAGUUGAGGAAUAGUAUCACAGUCCCUGUUAACCCUGAAACUCCCAUGAGUGACCAAGACAGAGUUUCUCCUUACAGUAUCAAUAUGAUAUCAAGCUGACAAGUAAUGGGAAAAGAGAAAAUGUCAAUUAGGGGAUUAUUGGUUGAUCCAAAACUAAAUUUUCCUAACUGACAUCAUAGGAAUUGUAUGAAAUACAUUAAAGAGAAUUUCUUAAAGAGAUCUUAGGAGUGAAAGGGUUAACUAACAACAGUUUGUCUUUUGAGAAAUGUUGAAAGUUACUUAUGAGACAAGUUGAAGCCUGAAGAAUAAUUUUACAGUCUCAAUGUACAAUUUUUUAAAUUACUAGUUGAAAAAAAUUAGGUUUUGGUACUAAUUAUUACGUCUUUCUGGUAUGUGCAUGUUGACAAACAGGUAGAGUGUGAAUCUUUGUGAGCUUUGACUGAAAAAUUAUUAUUUUUAAGGAUGCUGAGAAAAUAAGCUUAAUAUAAUUAGAUAACAGACAUGAAUGUUUUUUUUUUAUUCAGGAGUGUAUACAGCAGCCCAUGAUUUUAAGACAGAAUGGGUGGUAGUCAAGGGCAUCAAAGACUUUGCAGAUGAAAUGAAGUCUUCAAGCAAGAAAUGGAAUCAAAUUGCCUGUGUGAUGGCAGCAUCUGUUGUGGCCAACAUUUUGAAUGAUCCAGUCAUAUUCCAAGAUUGGCCUCACUUUAAUGCAGGUAUUGCUUCCUGUCUCAAUCUUGUCUUUUUACAAGGAUAG